AUGAUGUUCCCUGCAGUGACCUGGCUCCUGUUGGUAGCAGGCCUGUUGGGUGUCUGGUCUCAGGACUACUAUGAGGAGAGAACAAUGAACAAGAGACCCAGAGGCAGGGGGGCCCAACUGCAAGCUGCAGCCACUGCACUUAACGGGCAAAAACACAAUGGACAAGGUAUGAAUAAAUACAUCCUAUUUUUAAUAGUAUAGUUGCUCAUUGCAAAAGUUGCUCAUUUCAAACUGUGCUUAAACAGUGAGAUCACAGAUGUCUUAUUAUGCCUCAUUUAUGUGACCAUAAUUAAUCAAUCCAAUAGAAAUCAGAUUCCAGCUAAACAAGAGGUUGAGCAUGCAUCAUAAAAUCAAAUGUAAAAGUUUUUACAUUUGGUUAACACAGGUACAGACAGUAGAUAUAUAUCUAUCUUAUCAGUGGAUGUCCUGUGGCAUACUGUACCUGCUAUGUUCCCAAGGUGUUGAUAUCCUACGGCAUUUUUGGUGUAUGUCAUAUUAACAUGAUUUAGCUUGGUCUUUCUGCCUAUGUGAGAGAUGUGAUAUAAAGAUAAAGAGUUGAGUUCAGAUAGGGUUUUUGGCUUCAUAGACAUUUUCACUUGACUGUCAUAACUUUGAAUGAUUGCAUUUCCAAGUCAUUUAAAAAUGAGGCAAGCUAGAAAACACAGGAACUCUUUAGUUGAAGGGCACCUACAGGUAACUGCAAAAAUAAAGGAAACACCAACAUAAAGUGUCCUAAUAGGGCAUUGGGCCACCACAAGCCGCCAGAACAGCUUCAAUGCGCCUUCACAUUGAUUCUACAAAUGUCUGGAACUCUAUUGGAAGGAUGUGACACCAUUUGUCCAUGAUAAAUUCCAUAAUUUGAUGUUUUCUUGAUGGUGGUGGAAAACAAUGUCUCAGGCACCACUCCAGAAUCUCCCAUAAGUGUUCAAAUGGGUUGAGAUUUGUUGACUGAGACACACACACACACACACUUUAAACCCCCUAUGCUCCUUUGAGACCCGUCUUUCAAAGUCACUGAGAUCUCCUCUUCUAGUCAUGGUAGCCAGAAUAAUGGGCAAAUGGGCAUUUUUAUACAGUACCAGUCAAAGUUUGGACACACCUACUCAUUCAAGGGUUUUUCUUUAUUUUUAGUAUUUUCUACAUUGUAGAAUAAUAGUGAAGACAUCAAAACUAUGAAAUAACACAUAUGGAAUCAUGUAGUAACCAAAAAAGUGUUGAACAAAUCAAAAUAUAUUUUAUAUUUGAGAUUCUUCAAAUAGCCACCCUUUGCCUUGAUGACAGCUUUACACACUCUUGGCAUUCUCUCAACCAGCUUCACCUGGAAUACUUUUCCAACAGUCUUGAAGGAGUUCCCACAUAUGCUGAGCACUUGGUGGCUGCUUUUCCUUCACUCUGCCGUCCGACUCAUCCCAAACCAUCUCAAUUGGGUUGAGGUCGGGGGAUUGUGGAGGCCAGGUCAUCUGAUGCAGCACUCCAUCACUCUCCUUCUUGGUAAAAUAGCCCUUACACAGCCUGGAGGUGUGUUGGGUCAUUGUCCUGUUGAAAAACAAAUGAUAGUCCCACUAAGCCCAAACCAGAUGGGAUGGCGUAUCGCUGCAGAAUGCUGUGGUAGCCAUGCUGGUUAAGUGUGCCUUGAAUUCUAAAUAAAUCACAGACAGUGUCACCAGCAAAGCACCCCCACUCAUGUUUCAUGGCCCAAGCAAGUCUCUUCUUCUUAUUGGUGUCCUUUAGUAGUGGUUUCUUUGCAGCAAUUUGACCAUGAAGGCCUGAUUCACACAGUCCCCUCUGAACAGUUGAAGUUGAGAUGUGUCUGUGACUUGAACUCUGAAGCAUUUAUUUGGGCUGCAAAUUCUGAGGCUGGUAACUCUAACUCUGGGUCUUCCAUUCCUGUGGUGGUCCUCAUGAGAGCCAGUUUCAUCAUAGCGCUUGAUGGUUUUUGCGACUGCCCUUGAAGAAACUUUAAAAGUUCUUGAAAUUGUCCGUAUUGACUGACCUUCAUGUCUUAAAGUAAUGAUGGACUGUUGUUUCUCUUUGCUUAUUUGAGCUGUUCUUGCCAUAAUAUGGACUUGGUCUUUUACCAAAUAGGGCUAUCUUCUGUAUACCCCCCUACCUUGUCACAACACAACUGAUUGGCUCAAACGCAUUAAGAAGGAAAGAAAUUCCACAAAUUAACUUUUAAGAAGGCACACCUGUUAAUUGAAAUGCAUUCCAGGUGACUACCUCAUGAAGCUGGUUGAGAGAAUGCCAAGAGUGUGCAAAGCUGUCAUCAAAAGAAAGGGUGGCUAUUUGAAGAAUCUCAAAUAUAAAAUAUAUUUUGAUUUGUUUAACACUUUUUGAUUCCAUAUGUGUUAUUUCAUAGUUUUGAUGUCUUCACUAUUAUUCUACAAUGUAGAAAAGAGUACAGAUAAAGAAAAACCCUUGAAUGAGUAGGUGUGUCCAAACUUUUGACUGGUAGUGUACAUGACCCUAAGUAUAAUGGGAUGUUGAUUGCUUAAUUAACUCAGGAACCACACCUGUGUGGAAGCACAUGCUUUCAAUAUAUUUUGUAUUCCUCAUUUACUCAAGUCUUUCCUUUAUUUUGCCAGUUACCUGUACAUAAGUACUUCAUAACACAUUCAUAACCAACAAUGACAUCUUUCAAUAGAAUAGCCUCUUGUUGCAAUUGUGUGUCUCUGACAGCUCUGCACAUGAACACAGCCAUUUUAGAUGAGGACUGCGGUCUGGAGCUUUCCUUUCUGCUUGACAGCUCUGAAAGUGCCAAGGAGAACCAUGAGCAGGAGAAGCGCUUUGCCAUGGAUGUGGUGGACAGGCUCCAGGCUGUCCGUCUGCAGACGGGUCGCAGUCUGAGCUGGAAGGUGGCCCUGCUGCAGUACAGCAGUCACGUCAUAAUCGAGCAGUCCUUUAAGCAGUGGAGGGGCACUGACAACUUCAAGUCCCACAUCACCCCCAUUUUCUACAUCGGUCACGGCACCUACACCACCUACGCGAUCACCAACAUGACUAAGAUGUACCUGGAGGAGUCCAGCCUGGGCAGCAUCAAGGUGGCCGUGCUGCUCACUGACGGCAUCUCCCACCCCAGGAACCCAGACAUCUUCUCAGCUGCCGCCGACGCCAAGAACCAGGGGGUGAAGUUCUUCACGGUGGGCAUCACCCGUGCAGCCAAUGAGCCAGCCAACGUGGCCCAGCUCCGUCUGUUGGCCAGCUCUCCUGCCUCCCGAUACCUCCACAAUCUACAGGAUACUGACAUUGUGGAGAAAGUCCUCACGGAAAUUGUGAGUAUGAUCCGCCUUGCAUUGCUUCUAAAGAAUCACAAUAUUGGGUGUAACAAUGAUGCAAUGAUACAGUUGUGAUUUAGAUGUAAUCAAAGUUGAAUUAGGGAUAUCUUGGAUGUUGUAACCAAAAUCAUCUCAGGAAUGUUUUUUUAAGUAUGAUAAAGGCUGGAGCCUGAAUGACUGACCUUCCACAAUUUGUAGCUAUACAAAUGCAAGACACUGUAGCAAGAUAAUGAAUGGCUAUCAAUGACAGCCAUGGAUUUAGUAUUUUUUGUUCAAUGAGCAGACAGUUGUCUUACAUUUUUCAAUAGACUUGGCUCCUUACCAUCUGCAUGUUAUGAGUGCAUAUCCCAUGGGCUUUACUUUGACUCUGGUAUGCCACAAGGUUUUUUGUCCCAAUAAGGUAAACAGAGCCUCUUGUGGUCACACCUUACAUACCUAUGAGUGGAAGCAGACAGGUUCUUUCAGUGAUAUUCUUAGCCUUCUUUUUAUCAUAACAUGUGGUUUACAUUUGGCUCAUAGGUAUUACAAUGGAAUGUCUACUCAUUGAUUUCUUUCAAGUGGCAACAUAACAAAACAGCGCUUGGCACGAAACCAUAAUUCCGAUCCCCCCCCCCACAGUCACUUGAACUCACACAGCAGGCUGAGGGGAGGCAGAAAUAUGAUACAAUAUGUUAGAGUCCUGUCUUUGUAAUCUAUACUGAACAAAAAUAUAAACGCAACAUGUAAAGUGUUGGUCUCAUGUUUCAUGAGCUGAAAUAAAAGAUCCCAGAAAUGUUCCAUAUGCACAAAUGGCGUUUUCUCUUAAAUUUGGUGAACAAACCUGUUUACAUCCCUGUUAGUGAGCAUUUCUCCUUUGCCAAGAUAAUCCAUCCACCUGACAGGUGUGGCAUAUCAAGAAGCUGAUUAAACAGCAUGAUCAUUACACAGGUGCACCUUGUGCUGGAGACAAUAAAAGGCCACUCUAAAAUGUGCAGCUUUGUCACACAACACAAUGCCACAGUUUUGAGGGAGGGUGCAAUUGGCAUGCUGACUGCAGGAAUGUCCACCAGAGCUGUUGUCAGAGAAUGUAAUGUUAAUUUCUCUAUCAUAAGCCGCAUCCAACGUCGUUUUAGAGAAUUUGGCAGUACGUCCAACCGGCCUCACAACCGCAGAUCGUGUAUAAACAUGCCAGCCCAGGACCUCCACAUCCGGCUUCUUCACCUGUGGGAUCGUCUGAGACCAGCCACCUGGACAGCUGAUGAAACUGUGGAGUAUUUCUGUCUGUAAUAAAGCCCUUUUGUGGGGAAAAACUCAUUCUAAUUGACUAGGCCUGGCUUCCCAGUGGGUGUGCCUGGCUCUCAAGUGGGUGGGCCUAUGCCCUCCCAGGCCCACCCAUGGCUGCACCCCUGCCCAGUCAUAUGAAAUCCAUAGAUUAGGGCCUAAUGAAUUUAAUUCAAUUGACUGAUUUCCUUAUAUGAACUGUAACUCAGUAAAAUCGUUGAAAUUAUUGCAUGUUGCAUUUAUAUUUUUGUUCAGUAUAGUUGUAAAUGUACAUGAUUUAUGUAUGUAUGUUUUGGAUGGUGUAUGAUUGUCUCUAAUGGUUGUCACUGUUUUAUUUCUCUCUACCCAGACUGACCUGGCUGACAAGGGGGUAGGUACUAUUACAUUUUGAUGCAAUUGAAAUACUAUCCUCAUUCAACAAAUACAUAAUUAAGUUCAGGGACUGCAUGGUCAUACAGUGGGGAAAAAAAGUAUUUAGUCAGCCACCAAUUGUGCAAGUUCUCCCACUUAAAAAGAUGAGAGAGGCCUGUAAUUUUCAUCAUAGGUACACGUCAACUAUGACAGACAAAAUGAGAAAAAAAAAUCCAGAAAAUCACAUUGUAGGAUUUUUAAUGAAUUUAUUUGCAAAUGAUGGUGGAAAAUAAGUAUUUGGUCAAUAACAAAAGUUUCUCAAUACUUUGUUAUAUACCCUUUGUUGGCAAUGACACAGGUCAAACGUUUUCUGUAAGUCUUCACAAGGUUUUCACACACUGUUGCUGGUAUUUUGGCCCAUUCCUCCAUGCAGAUCUCCUCUAGAGCAGUGAUGUUUUGGGGCUGUCGCUGGGCAACACAGACUUUCAACUCCCUCCAAAGAUUUUCUAUGGGGUUGAGAUCUGGAGACUGGCUAGGCCACUCCAGGACCUUGAAAUGCUUCUUACGAAGCCACUCCUUUCUUGCCCGGGCGGUGUGUUUGGGAUCAUUGUCAUGCUGAAAGACCCAGCCACGUUUCAUCUUCAAUGCCCUUGCUGAUGGAAGGAGGUUUUCCCUCAAAAUCUCACGAUACAUGGCCCCAUUCAUUCUCUCCUUUACACGGAUCAGUCGUCCUGGUCCCUUUGCAGAAAACAGCCCCAAAGCAUAAUGUUUCCACCCCCAUGCUUCACAGUAGGUAUGGUGUUCUUUGGAUGCAACUCAGCAUUCUUUGUCCUCCAAACACGACGAGUUGAGUUUUUACCAAAAAGUUAUAUUUUGGUUUCAUCUGACCAUAUGACAUUCUCCCAAUCCUCUUCUGGAUCAUCCAAAUGCACUCUAGCAAACUUCAGACGGGCCUGGACAUGUACUGGCUUAAGCAGGGGGACACGUCUGGCACUGCAGGAUUUGAGUCCCUGGCGGCGUAGUGUGUUACUGAUGGUAGGCUUUGUUACUUUGGUCCCAGCUCUCUGCAGGUCAUUCACUAGGUCCCCCCCUGUGGUUCUGGGAUUUUUGCUCACCGUUCUUGUGAUCAUUUUGACCCCACGGGGUGAGAUCUUGCGUGGAGCCCCAGAUCGAGGGAGAUUAUCAGUGGUCUUGUAUGUCUUCUAUUUCCUAAUAAUUGCUCCCACAGUUGAUUUCUUCAAACCAAGCUGCUUACCUAUUGCAGAUUCAGUCUUCCCAGCCUGGUGCAGGUCUACAAUUUUGUUUCUGGUGUCCUUUGACAGCUCUUUGAUCUUGGCCAUAGUGGAGUUUGGAGUGUGACUGUUUGAGGUUGUGGACAGGUGUCUUUUAUACUGAUAACAAGUUCAAACAGGUGCCAUUAAUACAGGUAACGAGUGGAGGACAGAGGAGCCUCUUAAAGAAGAAGUUACAGGUCUGUGAGAGCCAGAAAUCUUGCUUGUUUGUAGGUGACCAAAUACUUAUUUUCCACCAUAAUUUGCAAAUAAAUUCAUUAAAAAUCCUACAAUGUGAUUUUCUGGAAAAGAAAUUCUCAAUUUGUCUGUCAUAGUUGACGUGUACCUAUGAUGAAAAUUACAGGCCUCUCUCAUCUUUUUAAGUGGGAGAACUUGCACAAUUGGUGGCUGACUAAAUACUUUUUUUCCCCACUGUAUACUGUACAGUUACAUGUUGAUUCUGAAACCUUUUCCUGCCUUUUUGAAGUGUCCCCUGGCCCAACGAUGUGCCUGUGAGAAGGGCGAGAGAGGGCUCAGUGGUCCAACCGUAAGUACUUUCACUGUCCUUUCCAAACACUCCCCAAUCACAGAACACUUCUCUUUUGAAAUCAAAGAAAGUAGUUUGUUCCUGAAGUGCUGAAUUCCAUGAAAUGUUCUAAAGAGGAAGCUAACAUAGUUCUGAUAUCAGAGGUAAUUGCUUGGUUAUGUCGAAGAACCCCCUAUGGGCAGAGCAAGCUGUCUUUCUUACAUCUUCAUUACCAGCAUUCUGAAAAUACUUCAAAUGCUACAGGACAAGAUAGAUAGUUUUUCUCAAUGAAUGCUUCUUAUAAACCUCAGUUGCUAAUUUGCAUUGCUUGUCCCGGCAAGUUAUUGGACAUUUCCUUUCCCACAUAAGAUGUCCCCCAUGGAAACCAGGGGCAGCCUAUGAAGGCCUUUACUCCCAAUAAAAACAGGACCUUUGCCAUCGUAAAUAACACUUACUACCUCCAUUAUCAGCUAGUCAGAGAUGGAGAAUGUUGGAAGAGGCUUAAACUGUGACACUAGGUGUGUGAUCUUCUACAUCAUCGGACCAGACUAGAGGCCCCUCUCUGGAUGGAUGACAGCCUUAUUAAUGUCAGGGUCCUCCGCGUCUGACAGUCUUGUGCUGAAAGACAGUUGCAUGAUCAUUAACCAGGUGCUUUCUCUACAGAGAGAUUCCUUACAUUUUUACACUGAGACUUAAAGGCUCUCAUAAUUGCUCUCUUUAGUUUAAUGGCCACAAACCGACGAUAAGCUGCGAAUGGCAACCACCACACGCUGUCCAGGUGCCACACGGCAACCUGACCUCUCACCUUUUGGUCAAGCAGCAACAUGUCCAUCCUUGACACACACACACACACACACACACACACAAAGUCACCCCCCUUGUGACCUCAGGUCAUUUUACCACCUGCAAUGACCAAACAAUGCUGACGCCCUCAGGGAAACUAUGCUUCACUUUCCCUUUUCCCUACUUCUGUAGCCAGUGAUGGUUUAUCUCUCACUGACUCGCUGCAGAUCAUUUGCAAAGGAUAGUGGCCUUCCGUCAAACAUGUUUUGUUUUAAAGUGAGUUAAAUGAAUCUCAUGUUGUUCCUUCAUUCCACAGGGGAAGAAGGGUCGCCCAGGAGAAGAUGGAGUCCCUGGUCUUAAAGGAUCGAAGGUCUUUGAUUUGUUAUGAUUCUAUUCAAUUAUUUAAUUGAUUCACAUACCUGCUGUGUUCCUGAUGUCUCUCUAAGAUGCAAGAUACAGCACAUUUCCAUUUACUUUUCUUGUAUAGACAUAUAUUCCUAAUAUGAGAAAUCUAAAUGAAAUAGCUCCAGUGUGUACUGUGUAAAUAAUAUAGAUGCCCUGUUUUCCUUUCCUUAUAGGGAGAGGGAGGACUAAGUGGACUUCCAGGUCGGGACGGCGGAGAGGUGAGUGAUACACUUAAAUACAUAGUAUGUUCAUAUGCAGAUAUCCAGACAUCUAUAGAUACAGAUGUAGGAUCUUAAUUUGAUCACCCUGUUGGAGGAGAACUUUCCUGCAAUGCAGGAAAUGUCAAAUGUGUAGUGUAUACGAGGUUUAAAAAGGCUUCUGAAGUUUGUAAUUUCCACUUAGAAUUUUCCCUUACGAAAAAUGGAUCAACCCCUACAAAAAUGUCCAUUAAUUAUAAUCCACAUAAUAAUUCACAUUUCCUGUUUCUGCAGCAAACUGGCUCAAAUUAAGAUCAUACAGCUGUAUGUUGAUUAAGCAUUUAUCAAUGUACAGAGUAUACAAACAUUAAGAACACCUGCUCUUUCCAUGACAUAGACUGACCAGGUGAAUCCAGGUGAAAGCUAUGAUCCCUUAUUGAUGUCACUUGAUGUUAAAUCCACUUCAAUCAGUGUAGAUGAAGGGGAGGAGACAGGUUAAAGAAGGAUUUUUAAGCCUUGAGACAAUUGAGACAUGGAUUGUGUAUGUGUGCCAUUCAGAGGGUGAAUGGGCAAGACAAAAGAUUUAAGUGCCUUUGAACGGGCUAUGGUAGUAGGUGCCAGGCGCACCGGUUUGUGUCAAGAACUGCAACGCUGCUGGGUUUUUCACGUUUAACAGUUUCCCGUGUGUAUCAAGAAUGGUCCACCACCCAAAGGACAUCCAGCCAACUUGACACAACUGUGGGAAGCAUUGGAGUCAACAUGGGCCAGCAUCCCUGUGGAACGCUUUCGACACCUUGUAGAGUCCACGCCCCGACUAAUUGAAGCUGUUCUGAGGGCAAAAUGGUGGGGUGCAACUCAAUAUUAGUAAGGUGUUCCUAAUGUUUGGUAUACUCAGUGUAUGUAUCACUAUUGCUCACGAUCUAACCUAUUAUACUGUGUUUAUUUGCAGGGAAAACCUGGUUACAAAGGAGAGAUGGUAUGUCAUUCAAGUUGCCAUACAUAUUUAUGUUAUUUUGUAGCUACAGUACAUUCAUUUCAUAUGACGUAUUGCUUUCCAUUUCCAUUCCACAGGGUGAGAGGGGCGAGUGUGGUAUUCCAGGAAUUAAAGGAGACAGGGUAUGUAUGAAUAAUCAAAUUUGUCUGCUCUCUGUGUCCUGCUUUUGUUCUAUUGGUCAUAUUACAGGCUGAUUUAUACAGUACCUUUCUUUACUGUUUCAUUGAAUGUCCACUCCCAGGGUCCUGAGGGUCCAAUGGGCACCAGAGGUGUCAGAGGUCUCCAGGUGGGUAGAAAACAGCAACAUGUACCUAGAAAAUGCACAUAUUCAGAUCAAAGUGUUAACCUUUUGUGAAACUCCUGUAUAAAUGCAUACAUACUCACUCCGUGUUCCCUUCCCCUCCCACGCACACACAAUGUAGUUGAUCAUGUCUGUAAUCAACUUGGAUUGGAUUCAGGAGUAGACAGAACAUAGUAAAUGUAAAUCCGGGACACUCCAUUUAGUAUGAUAUGUUACGUUUUGUAUGGUAUGUAUUAGUUUGUGGAUGUCCAUCAUCCAUUUCGUAUGCUAUGUUACGAAUUACAAUUUACAUGAUUUGCAAUGCCAGGGUUGUGGGUUCGAUUCCCACGGGGGGCCAGUAUGAAAAUGUAUGCACUCACUAACUGUAAGUCGCUCUGGAUAAGAGCGUCUGCUAAAUGACUAAAAUGUCAAAUGUUACAAAUUGCAAUUCCUACAAUAUGCUACGAACUGCAAUUCGUAAAAUAUGUUACAAAUUUGCUAAAUGUAUGAUAUGUUAUGAAUUCCAAUUUGUUGUCACUAAUGUUAGCUAAGUGGCUAGGUUUCUAACGCUAACAUUAGCUAGGCUAAGGGUUAGGGUUAGGGGUUAGGGUUAAGAUUAGGGUUAAGGUUAGGAUUAGGAGUUAGGUUAAAGGGUUAAGGUUAGGGGAAGUGUUAGCUAACAUGCUAAGUAGUUGAAAAGUAGCUAAAAAGUAGUAAGUAGUUGCAAAGUUGCUAAUUAGCUAAAAUACUAAAGUUGUUCCGUGAUGAGAUUCAAACACGCAACCUUUGGUUUGAUAGACGUUUGCGUUAUACACCUACCCAUCCACCUGACCAACCACCCUACUUUUGUUUGCCUUAAGUAACCUUCUGUCUUAGGUAACCAUACCAAACGUAACAUACAGUAUCAUACUAAUUUGAGUGUCCCGGAUUUACCCUUACUAUGUUACGUCUAGUUGAUGAGACCAGGCUGCUGUAAUCUCUUUAGAUUUUCCCAGUAAUUUAGCAAUAGUAUCUGGGUAAACUUCACUUUAUAUCUAGAUGUGAAUUGUGUCCUCCAGCACAGUAUCAGACAUGUACACUUGUUAAGGAGUGUUCUUUGUUCCUCCCCAGGGUUUACCCGGACCACAGGGUGACAUGGGACCUGAGGGCCCUCAAGGAAAGAAGGUUAGUAAGAAGACACUUCAUACUUACUUCAUCACACACAUCUGCUGUCACCUGUACACUUCCUUUUAAUAGAACUUUAAAAGAGAGGUUCCUGACACCCGUUCUACUACCUGGGAGUCGAGGGGCAUGUGUCUCCCCUAAAAGGCACAUAUGGAAGAUAUCGGCCCAGUGCCAUUGUGCCGUCACCUUCAUUUGUUCAGCAGCGUGGGGAUUCAUGCUAGUUUUCACAAUCAUAUACAGGUUCAGUUAAUGGCAGGGGUCCUGUUUCUAAAUAUACACUAGGAACUGCCUAGAGCAUUGUCAACCUCCUUACCAGUCCUCUAUAGGGAUUGUCAAGGCACUUAAUAACAGCUAUGAAAAGUAAAAGGUUCUCUCUCCAUGUAAGAACAUGCAGGUGUCUGUUGGAAAGAGAUAAAAUGAACAAAAGGGUAAACACUUAGAAUGUCAAAGAUAGAUUUUGCUCCCAUAAUAUGAGUAAGUUAUACUGUACGUGUUGAGGUUUCUGGCAGAUGAAAUUUUAGCAGCAGAGUGGAUAGGUCACAUCAUUUGCUAGUGCUGACAAGAAGUGACUUAUCUCUUACUAAUUGAAUCAGCACCACCAUCAAAUACUAUUUUUCAAAGGUGGAUGGAUUAUGGAAAGAGCAAUGUUUAAAGUCUACCCUGUUAUUAGGAAUAUGUUUUAAUAAUGUAAGGUGUUAAGCAUUUAAAAGAGCAGGUUGACGUUUAUUGUCAUGAGUCUUGUCUUGGAGGCAGAACUGAUCGAUUUUCACUAAAUGGGCCAGCUGCAAAGUCAAUAUUGGCUAUAUUGUAAAGAUUCAUGAAAACAAAAAUGUGCUGUUUGGUCCUCAUUUAAGGUUAGGGUUAGGCAUUAGCAUUAGCAGUGUGUUUAGGGUUAAGGUUAGGGUUAGGUUUAAAAUCCGAUUGUAUGACUUCUGUGCCAGCUAGUGACCAUUCUGCAGAGCUGCCAGAAAGAUUCAUGACGGAAAAAGCUAACCUGCUUUAAGAGGUAAAAUGUGAUUGUUCCAUUGGUAUGGAGGUAUGCAAAGAAAAUUGUGAGAGAUCUGCCUUGCUUUGGGAAAACGUUUUAAGUGGUUAUCUCAGCUUUCUUCUUGACAGGCUCCACUUCUUUGCUGUUUCUCAUUUAGGAUGAAAUAUCUCCUAAGCCGUGAGUGAAGCUCAUAAUUACUGCAAACUCUGCAGCGAACCAUUGCCUCCAGUAAAAUAGCUCUUCAUUGUUUUGAGACUGGUUGUUUUUGACUACUUUGAGUCGGAAACUCAACUGAGAAAGUGCCUGGCUGCAGGAUGUGUCCUGACUUGUUUUAUUUUAUAGGGGCCAAAUAGUUGCCCACUUUUCCAUGUACAGUGCAGUUCAGAUAAUAGCUCAUAACCACUAGUACUGUUUUCACCUCAUUUCAACCAGCGUUGUAAACAUUGAAGUUAGGGUCAAACUUCAACUUCAAUAAAUGGACUUAACCUUAAUAACAGGUUGUUACAUCAAUCAAAUUUCAACAUAGUCAUCAGAACAAUGUAUACGUUGAAAUUGUGUUGAAAAUUCCACAUAGAACCGUAAAAAGUAUUUUUCAUCCUAUAUUCAAUAUACUGUACUGUAUAUUGAUUGUGUGGUUUAAAUUGUUGAAUUUUAGAUUUGAUUAGACAUAUUUGAUUUGAUAUUAUUUCAAUGUUGAUCGUAAAAUGGCAUGUUCAAAUCAAUGUCGUUGUUUCAACGUCAUGCUAUCAACCUAAAUAAAGAGUUAUAUUGAAAUAAAAUGUGAAACCAUAGUCCAACGAUUUCUGCCUGCAGUGACUCCUACUGGUAUAUGAGGGGUAAUGCACUUUAAUGAGAAUAAGUCUACCAUCCAGAUGUACCCUGCUUAGCAAUCAAGCUGUGUUCGUUUCAGCUGAGCUAUCAUUUCAACACAUUUAGACAUUGAUUCCAUACUCAUUUGCGUAGACUACCUAAAUAACAUUGAAUAGUUGAAAGUAACUCCUCUAACUUUUCUUACACAAGCUGUAUGUGAAAGUAAAUUCGGAGUGAGGUUGCAUUUAUGUAGGCUACAUUGACAUUGAUUUGCCUAACUAAGUACACCAUAAUUUCAACUUGUAGCUAGGCAUACUAUCAUUCAUCCAUGGUUGAUUGGAUCUUUGGAAGUUUAGAAGUAGUAACCAUUAGCCCUAUAAAUAGGAUGCCAAAUUCAUGAUAUUAAUAAUACCGUUUUUUGGAUAUUGUCUUUUAUAUAUGUUAUUAUAUGUAGUUUUUUCAACACAAUUUCAAAGUAUAUAUAGUUCUGAUGAUUAUGCUGAAAUGAGAUUGGUGUAACAACCUGUUAGGUUAAGUCAAUGUAUUUAAGUUGAAGUUUUACCCUCAUUUCAAUAUUUACAAAGCUGGAUGAAAUGAGAUGAAAACAGUACUGAUUGAUUACUUUUUUCAAAUCCAAUGUAUUUUCCACGUUGAUUCCACGUCACAAUACUUCGACAAAUUACAUUAAAUCAAUAUUGAUUCAACCAGUGUGUGCCCAGUGGGUCUGCUUGAUUUAGAACACGUUUGAGUAAUUACCUUUGAGAUCAGAAGUUUUGAUAUGAGCUUUUUCCCAUCAACUUCAAAAAUAGCCUCUGUGCAAGUAUUUUCUGAGCAAUACUAGGCGUUGUUUAUAAUUCAAAUGUAGGAAGAAUAUAAUUGAUAUAAUAUCAAUAUAUAUCUGAGUAAUAUAGAUCAAAGGGCAAUGUUUCUGUGUGAUUUCAAUUAACAUUAAUCUGAAUCUAAAUGUAAAACAACUGGAUGUAAAAGUUUGAUCUGCGUAAACAGAAUUAGAACUUUGGACUGCCCUUUAGCUGUAACCAAUGAGGGAAAAAAGUAUUUGAUCCCCUGCUGAUUUUGUACGUUUGCCCACUGACAAAGAAAUUAUCAGUCUAUAAUUUUAAUGGUAGGUUUAUUUGAACAGUGAGAUACAGAAUAACAACAAAAAAAUCCAGAAAAACGCAUGUCAAAAAUGUUAUAAAUUGAUUUGCAUUUUAAUGAGGGAAAUAAGUAUUUGACCCCUCUGCAAAACAUGACUUAGUACUUGGUGGCAAAACCCUUGUUGGCAAUCACAGAGGUCAGACGUUUCUUGUAGUUGGCCACCAGGUUUGCACACAUCUCAGGAGGGAUUUUGUCCCACUCCUCUUUGCAGAUCUUCUCCAAGUCAUUAAGGUUUCGAGGCUGACGUUUGGCAACUCGAACCUUCAGCUCCCUCCACAGAUUUUCUAUGGGAUUAAGGUCUGGAGACUGGCUAGGCCACUCCAGGACCUUGAUGUGCUUCUUCUUGAGCCACUCCUUUGUUGCCUUGGCCGUGUGUUUUGGGUCAUUGUCAUGCUGGAAUACCCAUCCACGACCCAUUUUCAAUGCCCUGGUUGAGGGAAGGAGGUUCUCACCCAAGAUUUGACGGGACAUGGCCCCGUCCAUCGUCCCUUUGAUGCGGUGAAGUUGUCCUGUCCCCUUAGCAGAAAAACACCUCCAAAGCAUAAUGUUUCCACCACUAUGUUUGAGGUGGGGAUGGUGUUCUUGGGGUCAUAGGCAGCAUUCCUCCUCCUCCAAACAUGGCAAGUUGAGUUGAUGCCAAAGAGCUCAAUUUUGGUCUCAUCUGACCACAACACUUUCACCCAGUUCUUCUCUGAAUCAUUCAGAUGUUCAUUGGCAAACUUCAGACGGGCAUGUAUAUGUGCUUUAUUGAGCAGGGGGACCUUGCGGGCGCUGCAGGAUUUCAGUCCUUCACGGCAUGGUGUGUUACCAAUUGUUUUCUUGGUGAGUAUGGUCCCAGCUGCCUUGAGAUCAUUGACAAGAUCCUCCCGUGUAGUUCUGGGCUGAUUCCUCACCGUUCUCAUGAUCAUUGCAACUCCACGAGGUGAGAUCUUGCAUGGAGCCCCAGGCCGAGGGAGAUUGACAGUUAUUUUGUGUUUCUUCCAUUUGCGAAUAAUUGCACCAACUGUUGUCACCUUCUCACCAAGCUGCUUGGCGAUGGUCUUGUAGCCCAUUCAAGCCUUGUGUAGGUCAACAAUCUUGUCCCUGACAUCCUUGGAGAGCUCUUUGGUCUUGGCCAUGAUGGAGAGUUUGGAAUCUGAUUAAUUGAUUGCUUCUGUGGACAGGUGUCUUUUAUACAGGUAACAAACUGAGAUUAGGAGCACUCCCUUUAAGAGUGUGCUCCUAAUUUCAGCUCGUUACCUGUAUAAAAGACACCUGGGAGCCAGAAAUCUUUCUGAUUGAGAGGGGGUCAAAUACUUAUUUCCCUCAUUAAAAUGCAAAUAAAUGUAUAACAUUUUUGACAUGCGUUGUUCUGGAUUUUUUUUUUGUUAUUCUGUCUCUCACUGUUCAAAUAAACCUACCAUUAAAAUUAUAGACUGAUCAUUUCUUUGUCAGUGGGAAAACGUACAAAAUCAGCAGGGGAUCAAAUACUUUUUCCCCUCACUGUAUAUAUGAAUGGUCAAAGCCAUCAAUCAUGUGACACCAUUUAUAUCUAUGUGAAGAUAAAAUAGCGCAUUGAAGCCAAAUUAAGUCGGUUAAAAUGUUGUCUCAUGGCGACAUACAGUAACAUGCACAGUUUGAGCUACUCCAGGAAGUAACUUUGCAGGCUAGCUCAGUGCUACCCCCUCUAAUUGAGUAAUUCAAGGUGAAGGCCGACCUGGGUACUGCAGGCUGCCAUUAGCAACUAAAUUAUCCUUAAAACUUAUUCUGUGUGCGAUUUUCAAAUAAUCGGUUCAAGGACAUCCAUCUGGUGUAUUAGAAGCAAUUAUUGGUGCCAUGCUUGUCUUCGAUAACCCACUCCCUUGUUCUUUACAGUGGAUCUGUGUUAUGCUGCUGACUUUGUUUGCUGCUAACUUUUCUGUGUCUCUCGUGUUGGUUAUCAUAGGGUGACCGGGGUCCAGCUGGCCCAGCAGGAAUUCAGGGAGAAACUGGUAUUGGACUUCCUGGACCAAAGGUACGUUUUUUCUAUUAUUGCUUUUGUAUAACUAAUGAAUUGUCUUACGUUACCUCUUCCAUCUCGCCAUAUCUUGUUUGCAGGGUGAUCUGGGAUUCCAGGGAAGACCCGGCCCCCCUGGUCCGCCAGGGUUGGGUGAACAUGGCCAGCCAGUGAGUGGACAGAAACUGCUGACUAGCAUUUUACUGUAGCAUACUACAUUACGUAGUUUGGUUUCAUUGACAACCUGACUGAUUUUUUAAAACUUUGAGUGAUACUGUAUAUCACAGUAGGAAACAUGAGCUGGGAUGACAACUACAAAGGCAGUGUCAUCUGACCCAAUGUUGGAAAAAGGAUUAUGCUGGUUUAUUUUACAGGGGCCUCAAGGGCCACAAGGUGUUCAAGGGGAGAAAGGACCCUACGGCGAGGGGCUCCCUGGGCCAAAGGUAUGAUUACGAUUUUGUCAUGAGAAAAAGGACAAAUACAAUAGAGAAAUUAUCUGGGUACAGAUAAAAUUGUAUUUGUCACAUGCGCCGAAUACAACAGGUGUAGACAUUACCGUGAAAUGCUUACUUACAAGCCCUUAACCAACAAUGCAGUUGAAAGAAAAUAAAGUUAAGAAAAUAUUUACCAUAUAAACGAAAGUAAAAAAUAAAAAUAACACAAUAAAAUAUCAAUGCAAAUAGUCCGGGUGGCCAUUUUAUUAAUUACUCAGGAGUCUUAUGGCUUGGGGGUAGAAGCUGUUAAGGAGCCUUUUGGACCUAGACUUGGCGCUCCGGUAACGCUUGCCAUGCGGUAGCAGAGAGAACAGUCUAUGACUUGGGUGACUGGAGUCUUUGAAUGUUUUUUGGGCCUUCCUCUGACACCGCCUAGUUUAUAGGUCCUGGAUGGCAGGAAGCUUGGCCCCAGUGAUGUACUGGGCUUUACACACUACCCUCUGUAGCGCUUUACGGUUGGAUGUCGAGCAGUUGCCAUACCAGGCGGUGAUGCAACCGGAUGCAACAGGAUGCUCUCGAUGGUGCAGCUGUAUAACGUUUUGAGGAUUUGGGGACCCAUGCCAAAUCUUUUCAGUCUCCUGAGGGGGAAAAGGCGUUGUCGUGCCCUCUUCACGACUUUCUUGGUGUGUUUGGACCAUGAUACUUUGUUGGUGAUGUCGACACCAAGGAACUUGAAACUCUCGACCCGCUCCACUACAGCCCCGUCGAUGUGAAUAGGGGCGUGUUCGGCCCUCCUUUUCCUGUAGUCCACAAUCAUCUCCUUUGUCUUCCUCAUGUUGAGGGAGAGGUUGUUGUCCUGGCAUCACAAUGCUAGGUCUCUGACCUCCUCCCUAUAGGCUGUCUCAUCGUGGUUGGUGUUCAGGCCUACCACCGUUGUGUCGUCAGCAAACAUAAUGAUGGUGUAAAUUCAAUUGAUUGGACAUGAUUUGGAAAGGCACACACCUGUCUAUAUAAGGUCCCACAGUUGACAGUGCAUGUCAGAGCAAAAACCCAGCCAUGAGGUCGAAGGAAUUGUCCGUAGAGCUCAGAGACAGGAUUGUGUUGAGGCACAGAUCUGGGGAAGGGUACCAACAAUUUUCUGCAGCAUUGAAGGUCCCCAAGAACAGUGGCCUCCAUCAUUCUUAAAUGGAAGAAGUUUGGAACCACCAAGACUCUUCCUAGAGCUGGCCGCCCGGCCAAACUGAGCAAUCGGGGGAGAAGGGCCUUGAUCAGGGAGGUGACCAAGAUCCCGAUGGUCACUCUGACAGAGCUCUAGCGUUCCUCUGUGAAGAUGGGAGAACCUUCCAGAAGGUCAACCAUCAGAGAGAUCCUUCAUGAAAACCUGCUUCAGAGCGCUCAGGACCUCAGACUGGGGUGAAGGUUCACCUUCCAAUAGGACAAUGACCCUAAGCACACAGCCAAGAAAACGCAGGAGUGGCUUCGGGACAAGUCUCUGAAUGUCCUUUAGUGGCCCAGCCAGAGCCCGGACUUGAACCCGAUCGAACAUCUUUGGAGACCUGAAAAUAGAUGUGCAGUGACGCUCCCCAUCCAACCUGACAGAGCUUGAAAGGAUCUGCAGAGAAGAAUGGGAGAAACUCCCCAAAUACAGGUGUGCCAAGCUUGUAGCGUCAUACCCAAGACUUGAGGCUGUAAUCGCUGCCAAAGGUGCUUCAACAAAGUACUGAGUAAAGGGUCUGAAUACUUUCGUAAAUGUGAUAUUUCCAUUUUUAAAAUAAAAUUGUUUUAAAAAAUCUCAAAACCUGUUUUUGCUUUUUCAUUAAGGGUUAUUGUGUGUAGAUUGAUGAGGGGGAAAAACAAUUUAAUCAAUUUUAGAAUAAGGCUGUAAAGUAACAAAAUGUGUAAAAAGUCAAGGGGUCUGCAUACUUUCCAAAUGCACUGUAUAUGAUAUCUUAUAUGUAGACUGUUCUAACAUUACAUACACAUGGAGAGGGCCUGGAUUUACAUGGGAUUUAAGAAUGGCAAGCAAGCACAAAAUGGAACACAUGAAAGCAUAUGACAGCACUUGGGGAGCUCAUGACAGCACUUGGGAGUUCAUCUUGGGUUUCAUUUUAGAUAUAUUGUCAUCAUAACAUGUAGAGACAUGAGCAUCAACACACUAUAUCCGUUGCGUAAACGUAGAAACUAUCCUCCUGAACAUAGUAUGUAGUAAUGUUUUUCCUAAUUCAAGUCAGAACCUGAAAGCAAAUGACAUAAAGGCACUGUUGAGAGUUUGAGUGGUUGAUGCACAUUUGGUAGUAGGCAGAUCCUGAAAAGGAGCGCAACACAGAAAAUAUCCUGAGGCAACCAAACAUCUGUCAUAACUGUGCCAGACCCAUUGGUCCUAUGGGAAAGCCCCCCUCCCCAAAAAGGGUCAGGGCAGUUCUAUAGGAUGGGCCAACCCCCACAACAAUUAAUGUUCCUGUCUGCAUUUCAUUAUUUUCUGCUAAAUUGAGAAGGGCAAGCAACACUCAUCAGAGGGAUAACACAAACAGAUUCCAAUAUGAAUGAAAGAUUUGGCAAUAACAUAACUACACUCAUAUAGGACCAUAUCAUACUACUCACAUGACAGAGACAGGUGCUAACUUAACACUCCCAGUCCCUACUACACUAUUGACUGAGAACAAUGAGGAUAGUGCUGUGAAUGUGUGAACAAGUGGCAGCUGGAUGUGUGACGGGGAGAGAGCGGUGAUGACUUGUCUUUGUUCUGCAGGGAGACCGGGGGCUGGAUGGACCGAAAGGGCCUAGAGGACAGACGGGUGCAGGAAUCAAAGGAGAAAAGGUGGGCUGUAAAUACAUCAGUAAUGAAUACCAUCCACACAAGCAUGCCAUGUCUACCCAACAAAAUACCUAAUGUUCAUAAACAAGCCUGAAUGUCUUAGUCAGCAAUUAUAUACAGGCGUCUCCUUGGAAUGCUCCAUUGAGAAAGAAAAGGCUAAAUCUCUAGUUACUGUGGAGAAGUUGAAGGUGGGAUUAUUUUCGCACUAUCUGUUGUAGGAUUCAAUAAACAACCAUGUUAUGUUAGAAGUAAAGGUUUUCAAGCACAUUUAUUGGUGGUUACAGAUUUUAGCCCUCUGUAGUCAGAAACAAGAUUUGAGGAAGGCACUCAUGCAGAUAUUCAGCCUGGUGAUUCUAUUAGUACCAAUGAUCUUGAUUUUAAGUCAUAUCCCACUGGGCACACACUGGUUGAAUUAACAUUGUUUCCAUGUCAUUUCAACAAAAUUACGCUGAACCAACGUGAAAUAGACGUUGAAUUGACGUCUGUGCCUUGUGGGACAGGCCAAUAUGCUCAUAAAGGGUUAAAUACCAACCUAGUCCCUCAACCCGCUCUAUAUUUGACCUCAGGGUGAGUUCGGGCCUCCAGGUCAUCCAGGACUUGUUGGACUUACAGGAGCCGGCAUCCAGGGGGAGAAGGUAAACUGAGUGGCUAAAAGUAACAUAAUACUACACUUGCAUGUACACUACCAGAAUCAUGUACUACAUGAUUCCAUGUGUUAUGUCAUAGUUUUGAUGUCUUCACUAUUACUCUACAAUGUAGAAAAUAAUACAAAUAAAGAAAAACCCUUGAAUGAGUAGGUGUGUCCAAACUUUUGACUGGUACUGUACAUCACAUACACUGACAUGUGAUUGUUAUCCCUCAGGGAGUGGAGGGCCCCAGGGGUCCACCUGGCGGCAGAGGGCCACAAGGAGAGGGCUUACCUGGACCUAAGGUUGGUGUUACUCCUAGAUAAUGUCCAUGCCAAGCCGUGAUGGAGGCCUUGGGAGUUCUCUAAAUGCUGUUGUUUGUAGCUUUCAUGUUUUGGCAUGGUGGAUUUCUUCAAAUGCUACUUUCCAUUAUCUUACUUCCAGGGCGAUCAAGGUUUACCAGGAGAGCUUGGAGCUACAGGGGAGAGAGGUGUUGGUGAGCCAGGGCCAAAGGUAAGACAAAUACUUUAUCCACCCUCAUCCAAAUAGUAAAGAAAUGCCUUCUCAAAUAAGCCUGGUGAACACUCAGCGGACAGUUUAUUAGGUACACCGACUGAACGUUAGAAUAGGCAAAACGGGUGACCUAAGCAACUUUGGCAAUUUCUAGACUUGACUGUUCAUGCCGCUUUAAUAUUCUGAUCAUAGAGUUCCGAUCAUGGAAUUCCGAACGCGUCAUGUGUCUACACCUACAUUUAAAUGUGUCUACCAUGUCCACAGUGUGUCCGGAUUCCCUUUUCCCGCACUAUAUUCAAAUGCCAGUAUGCAUUCUACAAAUGGUGGAAUAGGGAAAAUCUGAAAAUAACACAACAACAACUGAUGGCAGUAGCUAACUACUGUAGCUAACCUCUGUAUCUAGCCAGCAAGCAAGCAAACGGGUUAGCAUAACUCUAGCCAAACAAAAAAUAGUUUUUCUAAAUAUUAGCUAGCUGGCUAGCAUUUAUGAGUCCAGCAAACACGUUCCUCACAUGCCAGGAACGUAUUUCCUCGAAAGGUAUAAUGAAAAGGUGCCUCUCGGUCCCAAAACACAAGUUUUCUGGAGACUUGUGGUAAGAGUGCUGAUGACCUCACCCACUGUAUGCACUUUCUGUAGCCUGAUUGCGUCAGUCUUUUCAAUGCAACCUACGUAUUCAGAUAGCAGAAGUCGCAUGUAAGUGUCAAGUGUAGACACGACAUUUGAGAAUGGUAUGUUCAUCGGUGCCAGACGCGCCGGUUCCAGUAUCUCAGAAACGGAGGGCCUCCUGGGCUUUUCACACGUGACAGUUUCUAGGGUUUCCUGUCAAUGGUGCGACAAACAAAAAACAUCCAGUCAGCGGCAGUCCUGUGGGCGAAAACAGCUCGUUGAUGAGAGGUCGAAAGAGAAUGGCAAGAAUCGUGCAAGCUAACAGUCGGGCCACAAACAGGCAAAUAACGGUGCAGUACAACUGUGGUGUGCAGAACAGCAUUUCGGAACCCACAACUCGUCGGUCCUUGUCACGGAUGGUCUAUUGCAGCAGACGACCACACCAGGUUCCACUCCAAUCAGCUAAAAACAAGAAGAAGCGGCUCCAGUGGGCAGGCGAUCACCAAAACCUGACAAUUUGAGGAGUGGAAAAACAUUGCCUGGUCCGACGAAUCCCGGUUCCUGUUGCGUCAUGCUGAUGGCAGAGUCAGGAUUUGGCGUAAGAAGCAUGAGUCCAUGGCCACAUCCUGCCUGGUGUCAACGGUAUAGGAUGGCGGCGGUGUUGUAAUGGUGUGGGGAAUGUUUUCCUGGCACACGUUAGGUUCCUUGAUACCAAUUGAGCAACGUUUCCAUGAAUUCAGGCUGUUCUGGAGGCAAAGGGGGGUUAGACACCGUACUAGAUGGGUGUACCUAAUAAACUGGCCACUGAGUAUUUUAGAAAGCAAUUUGUUUCUUUUUCAGGGUGAGCCUGGUGCAUCUGGCCUGGCUGGCUUACCUGGUCUUCCAGGAGAGGAUGGGGCUCCAGGACAGAAGGUGUGUUAUUUCACCUUUACACCACUUCUAUAGAUACAAUAUAGUUCUAUAGAUACAGUAUACCACAACAAAAGGGAAUGUGCCAAUGUGAAAUGGUUUGUGUCUGCCCCCUCUGCCAGGGUGAGUUUGGUAUUGCUGGCCUCAGAGGUCCUGAGGGAGCAGCAGGGAUCGGCACCCAGGGCGAGAAGGUAGAUUUCACAUCCUUACCCUUCUGUCAUACUAACCUGUAAGCACCAAGAGGGGGUCAUGUAAAUGCUGUGUGCUCCACCCCUCCCAGGGAGACCAGGGUCAGAGGGGUAUCCGUGGAUUACAUGGACCUCCUGGCAUGACCGGACCCUCAGGGGCAAAGGUGAGAAUAACACAAUAACACUGUCUGAGACCGAACACGGUCUGAUCACUACAGGGCAGGUGUAUUGUUACUGUGACAACUCUGAAUUUGAAAAAUCGUCAUUGAUUCAACCAAAAUAGUAAUGUAUUUUACAGAUUGUAUUUAGUAAACAUCUUAAUUUUUUGGUUUGAGUUCAACCAAAAUACUAUAGAUCAGGGCUCUCCAACACUGUUCCUGGAGAGUUACCCUCCUGUAGGUUUGCAAUCCAAUCCCAGUUGUAACGCACCUGAUUCAGCUUAUCAACCAGCUAAUUAUUAGAAUCAGCUGCGCUAGAUAAGGGUUAGAGCGAAAACCUAGAGGUCGGUAGCUCUCCAGGAACAGGGUUGGCGAGCCCUGCUCUAGAUGAUUACAUAAAUGGCCCAAACAUCUCUGCAGAAAGAGAGUGUACCCAAAAGUGCUUCAGCCCAGCUUGAACAAAAAAGGGAAUCAAGUGCUCAACUGAGAGACUUGAAAGUCCAAAAAACAUUCCUUACACUCGAACACUUCAACAUGUGACUAUCCGGGAAAAUAAGGUUAAAAGGAGCACCUUGUGUCUGCAUUUAAUUUAUUGAUGAUAAAUGUUUGUAUGUCCCGUCAAUACAUGCUCAGAUCAAUACAGACACAGAGUGCUUAUUUUUUCUUUAUUUUCACCAGUUGAAGUGUCCUGGGGUAUAAGGAAUGUCUCUGCAGGCUGUAAGGAGUGCGUGGAUAAAGGGAGUGUACACUAUACAGUGGCUUGCGAAAGUAUUCACCCCCCUUGGCAUUUUUCCUAUUUAGUUGCCUUACAACCUGGAAUUAAAAUGGAUUUUUGGGGGGUUUGUAUCAUUUGAUUUACACAACAUGCCUACCACUUUGAAGAUGCAAAAUAUUUUUUAUUGUGAAACAAACAAGAAAUAAGACAAAAAAACAGAACUUGAGCGUGCAUAACUAGGCCAUUCCAAGACAUAAGUAUGUGGACACCCCUUCAAAUGAGUGGGUUCGGCUAUUUCAGCCACACCCAUUUAUGACAGGUGUAUAAAAUUGAGCACACCGCCAUGCAAUCUCCAUUGACAAACAUUGGCAGUAGAAUGGCCCGUACUGAAGAGCUCAGUGACUUUCAACGUGGCACUGUCAUAGGAUGCCACCUUUCCAACAAGUCAGUUGGUCAAAUUUCUGCCCUGCUAGAGCUGCCCCGGUCAACUGUAAGUGCUGUUAUUGUGAAGUGGAAACGUCUAGGAGCAACAACGGCUCAGCCGCGAAGUGGUAGGCCGCACAAUCUCACAGAACGGGACCGCCGAGUGCUGAAGCGCGUACAAUUGUCUGUCCUUAGUUGCAACACUCACUACCGAGUUCCAAACUGCCUCUGGAAGCAACGUCAGCACAAUAACUGUUCGUCGGGAGCUUCAUGAAAUGGAUUUCCAUGGCCGAGCAGCUGCACAUAAACCUAAGAUCACCAUGCGCAAAGCCAGGCGUCGACUGGAGUGGUGUAAAGCUCGCCGCCAUUGGACUCUGGAGCAGUGGAAAUGCGUUCUCUGGAGUGAUGAAUCACGCUUCACCAUCUGGCAGUCCGGCGGACAAAUCUGGGUUUGGCAGAUGCCAGGAGAAUGCUACCUGCCCCAAUGCAUAGUGCCAACUGUAAAGUUUGGUGGAGGAGGAAUAAUGGUCCGGGGCUGUUUUUCAAGGUUCGGGCUAGGCCCCUUAGUUCCAGUGAAGGGAAAUCUUAACGCUACAGCAUACAAUUAUAUUCUAGACGAUUCUGUGCUUGCUGGUAUGUUGAGAUCGGUGGAAGAACUUGACUGGCCUGCACAGAGCCCUGACAUCAACCCCAUCGAACAGGCCUAAUUGCCCAACAUCAGUGUCCGACCUCACUAAUGCUCUUGUGGCUGAAUGGAAGGAAGUCCCUUCAGCAAUGUUCCUACAUCUAGUGGAAAGACUUCCCAGAAGAGUGGAGGCUUUUAUAGCUGCAAAUGGGGGACCAACUCCAUAUUAAUGCCCAUGAAUUUGGAAUGAGAUGUUCGACUAGCAGAUGUCCAUCUGCUUUUGGUCAUGUAGUGUAUCAAGAGUUCAAGUGAAAUUAUUGCCCAUUCUUCUUUCAGGGGGAGCCUGGCACACCGGGCCGACUGGGCAUGCCAGGACUACCAGGACGGGCCAUUGCAGGUCCUAAGGUAAGAAAUACACAUCUAUUAACAUCCUGUUUCUCUAUGCAGGUCUUGUCAAGUAAUGUACGUAAGAAACACUGUUACACACAGUUCAUUGCCAUGCAUCAUCAGAUCCUGGCUGAUAAACAGCAUUGUGAUUUCCCUAUCUCGCUCUCUGUCUCAGGGUGAUCUAGGCCCUCCUGGUCCGUUUGGGCCUAUUGGAGAGACAGGCUAUGGGCUGCCUGGGCCAAAGGUAAGUGUUGCAGUUACCAACAAAUAAAUCACAAAAAACUGUGGUGAAAGUUACCGUGAGGCAUACAGGUGUAGGAUCUUUGAUCACCCUGUUGUUGCAGGAAAUGUCCUACACAGCUGGAAAUAAUAAUAGUGGGUGCUUAUAUUUGUCCUAUUUCACACGUGUGAAUUAAUACGCAUGUGUGAAUUAGAUAUGUGUAUUUUGCAUAUCCCAACUCUCCCUGAGACACCCUCUGAGAGUGGGGUCACGGUCAGGGUCUGUCGACGGCGACCCUGAAGCAAUUAGGGUUAAGUGCCUUGCUCAAGGGCACAUCAACAGAUUUUUCACCUUGUCGGCUAGGGGAUUCGAAUUGGCAACCUUUUAGUUACUGGCCCAAAGCUAUAACCGCUCAACUACCUGUCGCCCAAAUGCAAACUUGUAGUGUAUUGAAGGUUUUAAAAGCUUCUAAAGUUUGUAAUUUCUACUUUAAAAUGUCAGACUUGAUUUGCCCUAACUAAAAAUGUAUCAAUCCCUACAAAAAUAUCCAUUAAUUAUAAUCCACACAAUCAUUCACAUUUCCUGUUGCUGCAGGAUUCUUUUCCUGCUGUUAGAAAAUUCUCAAAUUAAGAUCCUACACCUGUAUGAUAUGCUCAUUAUUUGAAUGAUGUUUUACCAGGGCAACCGUGGUAAUCCUGGUCCACUAGGUCAAUUUGGGCCCAAAGGUGAAGGUUUCCCUGGACCAGUGGUGAGUAGUACCAACAACCCAACCUACAAACUCAUGAAUCUCCAUGUCCUAAUUGCAGAUUGGUGCAGUUUAGUCAAACUCAGUCUCAUGAAGUUUUGGUUGUCCCCUGUUCCUCCUUUAGGGUCCUCCAGGCCUUCCAGGUCUACAGGGAGAGCAGGGCCCUGAGGGCGUUGGCAUCCCAGGACCUAAGGUACUUCUUAUUUAUCUGGCCCUAAAUCCUCUUUGCAUGUCAAUCUGCUACAACCUAGUGCAUGGGAAUAUGAAAUGUGUAUUGUUUGUGAUUGUAAAUAUGUCUGUCCCAGGGAGACAUUGGCUUCAGAGGAUUGGCAGGUUUGCCAGGCCCAACGGGAGAGGGUGUGCAAGGACCACCGGUAUGAAGCUAACAUUAAUCUCUGACAAAAACAGAGAUUCCUUAUGUAGACAGAGGUCACAGUCUGAGUGUAAUGAGUGACAUACACUAUAUAUAUAAAAGUAUGUGGACACCCCUUCAAAUUAGUGGAUUCAGCUAUUUCAGCCACACCCGUUGCUGACAGGUGUAUAAAAUCGAGCACACCGCCAUGCAAAUUCCAUAGACAAACAUUGGCAGUAGAAUGGCCCAUCCUGAACAGCUCAGUGACUUUCAACGUGGCACCUUUCCAACAAGUCAGUUUGUCACAUUUCUGCCCUGCUAGAGCUGCCCCGGUCAACUGUAAGUGCUGUUAUUGUGAAGUGGAAACGUCUAGGAGCAACAACGGCUCAGCCGCGAAGUGGUAGGCCACACAAGCUCACAGAAUGGGACCGCUGAAGCGCGUACCGCGUAAAAAUCGUCUUUCCUCCGUUGCAACACUCACUACCGAGUUCCAAACUGCCUAUGGAAACAACGUCAGCACAAUAACUGUUUGUCGGGAGCUUCAUGAAAUGGGUUUCCAUGGCCGAUCAGCCGCACACAAGCCUAAGAUCAGCAUGCGCAAUGCCAAGCGUCGGCUGGAGUGGUGUAAAGCUCGCCGCCAUUGGAGCAGUGAAUCAUGCUUCACCAUCUGGCAGUCCGACGGACGAAUCUGGGUUUGGCGGAUGCCAGGAGAACGCUACCUGCCCCAAUGCGUAGUGCCAACUGUAAAGUUUGGUGGAGGAGGAAUAAUGGUCUGGGGCUGUUUUUCAUGGUUCGGGCUAGGCCCCUUAGUUCCAGUGAAAGGAAAUCUUAACACUACAGCAUACAAUGACAUUCUAGAAGAUUCUGUGCUUCCAACUUUGUGGCAACAGUUUGGGAAGGCCCUUUCCUGUUUCAGCAUGACAAUGCCCCCGUGCACAAAGCGAGGUCCAUACAGAAAUGGUUUGUCGAGAUUGGUGUGGAAGAACUUGACUGGCCUGCACAGAGCCCUGACCUCAACCCCAUCGAACACCUUUGGGAUGAAUUGGAACGCCGACUGCGAGCCUAAUCGCUCAACAUCAGUGCCCGACCUCACUAAUGCUCUCGUGGCUGAAUGGAAGCAAGUCCCCGCAGCAAUGUUCCAACAUCUAGUGGAAAGCCUUCCCAGAAGAGUGGAGGCUGUUUUAGCAGCAAACGGGGGACCAACUCUAUAUUAAUGCCCAUGAUUUUGGAAUGAGAUGUUCGAUGAGCAGGUGUCCACAUACUUUUGGUCAUGUAGUGUACCAUAUCACAUAUCAGUAGUCCAGCAGUGAUGGCAAUGCCAAACUUAAUUUGUUGAUUAGAGUCUGUAGUCUGUCUGUCCCCUCCUAUAACACUAGCAUCAUUGGUUUCUAGGGUAACAUUGGAAGGCCAGGACCCCAUGGUCCAUCAGGGCCCCCAGGGGAAGGUCUGCAGGGCCCCAAGGUAUGUUAAUUAACAUAGUACAUUCCUGACCUAUGACCUUCAGUGUGUUGCACUUUUCCAGGUAUCUGACCUUUUUUAAAUGACCACCCUAUGGGUCUUGUUUUGAUUUAUGGUUCAUCUUUUGUUUUUAGGGUGAGCAGGGGUCUCAGGGUGUGACAGGGCCAAGGGGACCCUCAGGGGAAGGAUUCCCAGGAGCUAAGGUAAGAUGUAUGCUUAACCUCAUGGCACUCGUCUACUGAUGGAUGCAGUGACCUUGUCUCUAACAGCAAUCCUCCUGUCUCUUCACUGAAGGGUGACCGUGGCUUGCAGGGUGAGAGAGGAAAUAAGGGUGGAGUGGGUGAUCUGGGAGAUCAUGGGGUUCCUGGAGAGUCUGUGAGUCUUGAAAUGUGUCUAUGUCAUAUUUUACAACAUUUCAAAGUCAUGGUAUAUGAUCAAUCCAUGAAUUUAAAUAUUUUCUUGUAUCUCAGGGGAGACCAGGAAUAAAAGGUGAAGCCGGCCUUACAGUAAGUUCACAAACUUUGCAUACUACAUCAUUGAUGCUGUGAUAUAGAAAAAAAAUAUGAUAAAUGAAUGUAACUCACACUCCUAUCACUUCCAGAGAGAAGACAUCAUUAAAUUGAUCAAGGAAAUCUGUGGUGAGACUGUUUAACCGUGAUAAUAACAAAUCUAAGCUAAAAUAUGAAGCAUAGAUUAAAUCAUGUUAGUAGCUAUUCAGCAUCUCUCUCAUGCUUUCAGGAUGUGGGAUCAAGUGCAAGGAGAUGCCAAUGGAACUUGUUUUCGUCAUUGACAGCUCAGAGAGUGUUGGUCCAGAAAACUUUGAAAUCAUCAAGGACUUUGUCACAGCGUUGGUAGACCGUACCACUGUUGGACGUAAUGCCACCAGAAUUGGACUGGUAAUGUACAGUCUGGAUGUCCAACUUGAGUUCAACCUGGCGCGCUACAUGACCAAGCAGGAUGUUAAGGAGGCCAUCAGGAAAAUGCCCUACAUGGGUGAGGGCACCUACACUGGCACUGCCAUCCGGAAGGCUACCCAGGAAGCCUUCUACAGUGCCCGUACUGGGGUCAGGAAGGUGGCCAUUGUCAUCACAGAUGGAAAGACAGACAAACGAGAACCUGUGAAGCUAGACAUUGCUGUGAGGGAGGCCCAUGCUGCCAACAUUGAGAUGUAUGCCCUGGGGAUUGUUAACACCUCAGAUACUACCCAGGACGAGUUCAUGCGUGAGCUCAAUCUGAUCGCCUCUGACCCUGACAGUGAACAUAUGUACCUCAUCGACGACUUCAACACUCUACCAGGUGAUUAACACGGCCAUACGUCUCACCUAGCUAUCUUAAGAUGAAUCCACUAAUUGUAAGUCGCUCUGGAUAAGAGUGUCUGCUAAAUGACAAGAAAUGUCUUAUGUAAAAUGUGUAUAGUAUCACACAUUACUUAAUACAAAGCUGAUGUAUAGUAAUCACAACUGACUUAGAGAUACAGUGAGGGAAAAAAGUAUUUGAUCCCCUGCUGAUUUUGUACGUUUGCCCACUGACAAAGAAAUGAUCAGUCUAUAAUUUUAAUGGUAGGUCUAUUUGAACAGUGAGAGACAGAAUAACAACAAAGAAAUCAAGGAAAACACAUGUCAAAAAUGUUAUAAAUUGAUAUGCAUUUUAAUGAGAGAAAUAAGUAGCAUAACACAGAUCCACUGUAAAGAACAAGGGAGUGGGUUAUCGAAGACAAGCAUGGCACCAAUAAUUGCUUCUAAUACACCAGAUGGAUGUCCUUGAACCGAUUAUUUGAAAAUCGCACACAGAAGAAGUUUUAAGGAUAAUUUAGUUGCCAAUGGCAGCCUGCAGUACCCAGGUCGGCCUUCACCUUGAAUUACUCAAUUAGAGGGGGUAGCACUGAGCUAGCCUGCAAAGUUACUUCCUGGAGUAGCUCAAACUGUGCAUGUUACUGUAUGUCGCCAUGAGACAACAUUUUAACCGACUUAAUUUGGCUUCAAUGCGCUAUUUUAUCUUCACAUAGAUAUAAAUGGUGUCACAUGAUUGAUGGCUUUGACCAUUCAUAUAUACAGUGAGGGAAAAAAGUAUUUGAUCCCCUGCUGAUUUUGUACGUUUUCCCACCGACAAAGAAAUGAUCAGUCUAUAAUUUUAAUGGUAGGUUUAUUUGAACAGUGAGAGACAGAAUAACAACAAAAAAAUCCAGAACAACGCAUGUCAAAAAUGUUAUAAAUUUAUUUGCAUUUUAAUGAGGGAAAUAAGUAUUUGACCCCCUCUCAAUCAGAAAGAUUUCUGGCUCCCAGGUGUCUUUUAUACAGGUAACGAGCUGAAAUUAGGAGCACACUCUUAAAGGGAGUGCUCCUAAUCUCAGUUUGUUACCUGUAUAAAAGACACCUGUCCACAGAAGCAAUCAAUCAAUCAGAUUCCAAACUCUCCACCAUGACCAAGACCAAAGAGCUCUCCAAGGAUGUCAGGGACAAGAUUGUUGACCUACACAAGGCUUGAAUGGGCUACAAGACCAUCGCCAAGCAGCUUGGUGAGAAGGUGACAACAGUUGGUGCAAUUAUUCGCAAAUGGAAGAAACACAAAAUAACUGUCAAUCUCCCUCGGCCUGGGGCUCCAUGCAAGAUCUCACCUCGUGGAGUUGCAAUGAUCAUGAGAACGGUGAGGAAUCAGCCCAGAACUACACGGGAGGAUCUUGUCAAUGAUCUCAAGGCAGCUGGGACCAUACUCACCAAGAAAACAAUUGGUAACACACUAUGCCGUGAAGGAUUGAAAUCCUGCAGCGCCCGCAAGGUCCCCCUGCUCAAUAAAGCACAUAUACAUGCCCGUCUGAAGUUUGCCAAUGAACAUCUGAAUGAUUCAGAGAAGAACUGGGUGAAAGUGUUGUGGUCAGAUGAGACCAAAAUUGAGCUCUUUGGCAUCAACUCAACUUGCCAUGUUUGGAGGAGGAGGAAUGCUGCCUAUGACCCCAAGAACACCAUCCCCACCUCAAACAUAGUGGUGGAAACAUUAUGCUAAGGGUGUGUUUUUCUGCUAAGGGGACAGGACAACUUCACCGCAUCAAAGGGACGAUGGACGGGGCCAUGUACCGUCAAAUCUUGGGUGAGAACCUCCUUCCCUCAGCCAGGGCAUUGAAAAUGGGUCGUGGAUGGGUAUUCCAGCAUGACAAUGACCCAAAACACACGGCCAAGGCAACAAAGGAGUGGCUCAAGAAGAAGCACAUUAAGGUCCUGGAGUGGCCUAGCCAGUCUCCAGACCUUAAUCCCAUAGAAAUUCUGUGGAGGGAGCUGAAGGUUCGAGUUGCCAAACGUCAGCCUUGAAACCUUAAUGACUUGGAGAAGAUCUGCAAAGAGGAGUGGAACAAAAUCCCUCCUGAGAUGUGUGCAAACCUAGUGGCCAACUACAAGAAACAUCUGACCUCUGUGAUUGCCAACAAGGGUUUUGCCACCAAGUACUAAGACAUGUUUUGCAGAGGGGUCAAAUACUUAUUUCCCUCAUUAAAAUGCAAAUCAAUUUAUAACAUUUUUGACAUGCGUUUUUCUGGAUUUUUUUGUUGUUAUUCUGUCUCUCACUGUUCAAAUAAACCUACCAUUAAAAUUAUAGACUGAUCAUGUCUUUGUCAGUGGGCAAACGUACAAAAUCAGCAGGGGAUCAAAUACUUUUUUCCCUCACUGUAUCAUACACUUUAACUGAGGUUGUUAUUUCUCUUCUUCUGUCUUUCAGCUCUGGAGUCAAAACUUGUUAGCCAGUUCUGUGAGGAUGAGAAUGGAGCCCUUGUGAUGAAUCGCAUCGCUAAUGGCUUUGGAACCAAUGGGAACAAUGGCUAUGGGAACCACAGAUAUGGUCAGGAAGCCUAUGGGAAUAACGGACAUGGGAAUAACGGCUAUGGGGACAGCGGCUAUGGAAACACCUAUCAUGAGGAUCCUAUCCUAAAUCCUAAUAGACGCACCAGUUCCCAGAGUUACAUCAGAGGCCGUGGAGAUACCUUUGCUCUGCCCCUCAACGCUGGACCACUCCCAGUACAGGUCCAUGUAAUCCUUUACAGGACAGAUUUAUAUCAUACAAAGUAACUCUCCUUAGGUUUUUAUAGAGGAGCAAUUGAAUGAUUGCUUUGUAAUAGUUGUGGUCAUUGCUCUGUUAAUUCAAUUUUAUCAGUAAAGUUGUUGAGUUACUGUCUAACUAAUAUAUGUGUGUGUGUGUAUUCAUCCAGGUGGAGGAUGAUGAGGAGGGUGAAGAUUUAGACAUAAGGACCCAUGUGCGAGGAGGUAUUGUGGCUGUAGUUAACAAGACAGUAUCCAUCCUCCCUGCAAGGGAAAGCUCCCACUCCAACACAGCUGGAGUAUCAUCAUCAUCAGGAUCAUCAUCAUCAUCCUCCGGAACAUCGGGUUCAGCUUCAUCCACCAGCUCAGGCCAAUUUCGGCCGGUAUCAAUUCCUAAUACCAUUUCCCCCCAAGGUUAGGACCUCUCACUGCAACAUGUUCACAACUAGAUCAAAAGUCACAUCAUCUCUAAAUACUGUAUGUUUUAGAUAAAGAAACUGGGUCAAUUUUGUCUGACAUUCAAUUAUGUCUUAACAACUUUUCUAAUGCCCUGAAUGUCAUACUUCUCCUUCUAUGUUGUUCUGUCAGAGUCUGUGCCGCUUGAUUCCCGGUGUAACCUGAGUUUGGACCAAGGCACCUGUCGAGAGUAUAAAAUCCGGUGGUAUUACGACAAACAGGCCAAUUCAUGUGCACAGUUCUGGUAUGGAGGCUGUGAAGGAAAUGCCAACCGCUUUGAGACUGAGGAUGAAUGCAAGAAGAUCUGUGUUCUAUCUAGAACAGGUAUGUCCCACAGCUCGUGGUAAUCUUAAGCCGCUGUGCUCUGUUUUCUGGCAUUCUUUUUGACAUGCUCUUCCCUCUAUUUUCCACAGCUGGUUAAAACAGGCAGAUGAUCAAUCAACUCAUCUGUACAAUAUUCCAUGGAAACCAACCAAAGUGGAGAAGACUAUUUGAAUAUUUCAUGUAAUAGUCUACUACUGUUUGAUAUCUAAAUAUAUUUUAAAACAGGCAUUUAUCGUUGGGAAAAAACUCCACUUUGCAUCUCUCUCUCUCUCUCUCUCUC